GCGCUUCGAAAGAUUGUGUCCACUGCGAUCACGGUUAUGGCGAUGAUGGCGACGUUGUCGACAACGGCCCGCAACAGCGACGAAGACGAUAACGGUGACGAUGGGAAAGACGACGACUAUGGCAAUGAUGGCGAUGAUGGCGGUGACGAUGACGUUCACAGGUCCCACGGUGGAUGCGGGGACGAUGACGGUGGAAGCCCCCGUGUGUUGAAGAAGGCGACGACCACGAUCGCGGUGACGAUGGCGACGAUGGCGACAAAAGCGAUGAUGGCGACGAAGGCGACGAAGGCGGUGAGGACGACGACGAUGACGUCGGAACUCGCGUAGAAGGCGGCGUCGAGUGGGCUUCGUAGCCCACAUGCAAGACAGCGAACCCACCACAAGACCAGGAUCGUCGAAGAAGGCGGAGUGUGGCGUGCGGCUACCUUCGUGCAGCGGAGAAAAGUUGGCGGGGAGAGGAGGCAGGAGCACGUGAAGGCGAGACAGUGAGAACGCUGGUGUGUGUAGCGUGAUGCUCGCGUUUGGAGUCCAAUCGUGCAUUUCGCAAGGAUGUCAGCAUUCUUAUAAACACCCACUUGUGCGGGGUGGACGGCGACGAAGGACCACUACCCAGGACUGUUUAACGACAACUUCGUCACCCUCUCGUCGACACAAUGGAGUCCUAGGGGUCAUGGAGGACGGCCAAAUGAAAGACCAAGGGUCGU